UGCCCCCUCUUACAGAUCAGCUAGCUCAACGACCAAAAAAGCAUGUAUCCAACUCGCCACCUCCGCCUUGCCCUCUCGGCCCUCCUCGCCGGUGUCCUCCUGCUCUCCGCCGUCGUCCCGGCCGCCAGAGCGCAGGAAGAGACCGAACAUGAGGAGGAGUUCAGCUACGUCCGCGGCGAGGAGAAUGGGCCGGAGCACUGGGGCGCGAUCAAGGAGGAGUGGGCGGCGUGCGGCACGGGGCGGAUGCAGUCCCCCAUCGACCUGUCCCACGAGCGCGUCUCGCUGGUGCGCUCCCUCGGCUACCUCAACCACACCUACUGCGCCGCCGAGGCCACCAUCGUCAACCGCGGCCACGACAUCAUGGUGCGGUUCGAUGGCGACGCCGGGAGCCUGGUGAUCAACGGCACGGCGUACUACCUCCGGCAGCUGCACUGGCACUCGCCCACCGAGCACACCGUCGACGGCCGCAGGUACGACAUGGAGCUGCACAUGGUCCACGAGAGCGCCGAGAACAAGGCCGCCGUGAUCGGCAUCCUCUAUGAGAUCGGCAGACACGACGCGUUCCUGCACAAGCUGGAGCCGUUCAUCAGGCGGAUCGCUGACCGGCGGGACAAGGAGGAGCGGAUCGGCGUGGUGGACCCCCGGGGCACGCGCGGCACGGCCUGCGUCUACUACCGCUACAUGGGCUCCCUCACUACGCCGCCCUGCACCGAGGGGGUCAUCUGGACCAUCGUCAAGAGGGUUCGCACCGUGUCCAGUUAUCAGCUGGAGUUUCUCAGGGAAGCCGUGCACGACGACAUGGAGAAAAACGCGAGGCCGCUUCAGGAGGUGAACAACAGAGACAUCGGCAUUUUCCGGCCAAUCCCCCGUAAACACUAGGGUCCAUUUCCAUCUGCUGCCUAGUGAUGCAUGGGCUGACGUGGAGACGCCAGUAGUUUAGAAUAAAGUUACAGGAUACACACACACACACACACACACACACACACACACACACACACACACACACACACACACACACACGUAUAUAUAGGCCUUGUUCAUUCGAUCCUUCCGUUUGAGUGAGCUUUACCCAGGAGGGAUCGCAUUUUUAUAGCGUAUCAUAUGGAAGAUGAAGAAAUGUCUGUAAUUCUUUCCAUUUCUGUGGCUUUGUUAUACGAUGAAAUAAAACUAAAGUUCAUGUCCACGUUGA